AUGUCAAAAAUAGUAAUUGAUUCUCCAUGGGCAAAAACUAAGGAAGAUAUAUUUACUCUUUAUAAUGUUGACGAACAAAAUGGUCUUUCAGAAGAAACUGUGAGAAAACAUUUAGAACUGUAUGGCCCAAAUGAACUACCUGCUGAAGUGGGUAAACCACUUUGGAAACUUAUCUUAGAACAAUUCAACGAUCUUCUAGUCAAAAUUUUACUUGCAGCUGCUUGCAUUUCAUUCGUCUUAGCCUUAACUGAAGAACAAAAAGAAGAUGAAAGUCUUGUAGCUGCUUUUGUUGAGCCAAUUGUUAUUCUUCUUAUUCUCAUUGCAAAUGCUACUGUCGGUGUAUGGCAGGAACGAAAUGCAGAAAGUGCUAUCGAAGCAUUAAAAGAAUAUGAACCUGAAAUAGCAAAAGUUGUUCGACAAAAUCGUCCAGGACACAUUCAAAAAAUUAAAGCUCGAGAGCUUGUACCAGGAGAUGUUGUUGAAGUAGCUGUUGGAGAUAAGGUUCCAGCUGAUAUUCGUAUAACAUCGAUCCAUUCAACAACAGUUCGUAUUGAUCAAUCAUUAUUAACUGGCGAGAGCGAUUCUGUUAUUAAACAUACAGAUCCAAUAACUGUUGAACGUGCUGUCAAUCAAGAUAAACUCAAUAUUCUCUUUUCUGGAACUAACAUUGCUGCUGGUAAAUGUCGAGGUGUUGUUAUUGGAACUGGAUUGAACACUGAAAUCGGUAAGAUUCGAUCAGGAAUGGCGGAAGCAGAAGAAGAAGAAGAAAAAACACCAUUACAGCAAAAACUAGACGAAUUUAGUGAACAAUUAUCAAAAGUUAUUUCUAUCAUUUGCGUCGCUGUAUGGGCCAUCAAUAUUGGUCAUUUCAAUGAUCCCGUUCAUGGUGGUUCAUGGCUUCGUGGUGCUGUUUAUUAUUUCAAGAU